AUGAACUGCCCCUCUCCUCAGAAUUCCAUAAGGAAGGCCCAUAUGCUUGUGGGUAUGCUGGUCAUUGUGGGCUUCGCAGUAGGAAAGGUUCCUGUUCCUGAAGUCCGGACCUGCCACUUCUGCCUCUUAGAAGACCCUUCUGUAGGAUGCAUUUCAGGCUCAGAGAAGUGUACCAUCAGCAGCUCAUCCCCAUGCAUGGUGAUCUCCAUCUUUUAUGAUAUCAAGGUUCGCUUCAACAUUCGAGGCUGUGGACAGUACAAUUCCUACCGCUGCCAAGAAAAACGCAACACCUACUUCUCAGAGUACUGGUAUCAGGCCCAGUGCUGCCAGUAUGAUUACUGCAACUCCUGGUCCAGCCCCCAGCUCCAGAGCUCCCUGUCUGAGCUGCCUCAUAGGACCUUGCCCCUGCCUCUGUCUGACUCCCAGAUUCAGUGGUUCUACCAGGCCCUGAACCUCUCACUGCCCCUACCCACCUUCCAUGCUGGGAAGGAUCCUGAAGGCCUGGACCCCAUGGCCGCCCUUCCCCUGAAACUGGGCUUGUCCAUUGCUGACCUGCGCCGCAUGUACUUAUUCCUCAAUAGUUCCGGACUUUUAAUUCUUCCCUGGGCUGUACCCUGACACCUUACCUUUCCCAGAUUCCACCCUGUUGCAGCAUCCUGCACUGCCCUCUCUGAGAACACACACAUUCUCUGGGCACUGUGAUUUCUUAGGUCUCCCUUUGUGCCUUCAGUGUCUAUAUGGCUUUGGUUUAAUUUCCUC